AUGAAAACAAGCGCGACAAAUUCAAUGUCCUACCUGAAUCAGUGGAUGAACUGUGAAAGUAAACAAGAAAAAAGAAUAACAGAAUUAAAAGCUGUGAAACAUAUCAUAGCACAAAAACAUGUUGCGAAACUUUUCAGAGGAAGGAGAGAUUACGAACAAAGGACAAACUCUGAAAACGAAUUAAAUUAA